CUGGGCACAUGUCCAAGGAGUGCCCCAACAAAUCAUGCAAGAACUGUGGCGAGAAAGGUAUGUGCCAAGUUGCUCCCGGAAUAAGCAGUCGCUGACAUUGCCCUAACUUAGGCCAUUCUGCGACUGAUUGCAAGAGCGCUCGCCUGAUUGACCGUAGCGCCUUCCCCGACAUGAGCACCGAGGACGCCUGGGUGUUGAUCAAAGAGGCCGUCAAUGAACGCGAUAUCGAUGACGUGAAGGAGGCAGUCCAGACUUACGUCAAGUCCUCUCCUAGCACGACUUAUCCCGAGCUUGAGGAGGCUUUCCGUUCUCAGAAACUUCCACUUUGGCUUAUUGCCAUUGAGAAGACCGGACUUGUCUCCACCCUCACCAACAUGGAUCUCCAGGGCGAGUUAGAGAAGAAGUACACUGUCACGUACCGUUUCCAGUGGAACCCUCCCCGGCCCCGCGACCGCGAAGUCUGGCCCAAAGAUGUUGAAGAGAAUAUUGAGCGCCUCAAAGAUGCCGGCGAGGUUGUGCCUCGCGGAGUGCCCAAGUGCAGAAACUGCGGCCAGGUUGGCCAUACCUCGAAGUCAUGCCCGGAGGAGAAGCUCGAGAAACAAGCCACAACCAUCAAUUGCUACAAUUGCGACGCGGUCGGCCAUCGCAUCCGAGACUGCCCUAUCCCUCGUGUCGAUAAGUUUGCUUGCAAGAACUGCGGGGUGGUCACAAAGCCGCUGAUUGCACCGAGCCCCGCUCUGCUGCUAACGUGGAGUGUCGCAAGUGCAACGAGACUGGACAUUUCGCCAAGGACUGCCCCACGGGAGGCGGAUUCACUUGCCGCAACUGUAACAAGGAGGGUCACGGGUCGAGAGAGUGCCCCGAGCCUCGCAACCCUGCGAACAUCCAGUGCCGCAACUGUGAUGAGUUUGGCCACAUGAGCAAGGAGUGCCCCAAGCCUCGCGAUAUCUCACGUGUGAAGUGCUCAAACUGCCAGCAAAUGGGUCACUUCAAAUCCCGUUGCACGAACCCUCUGGUUGACGAGGAC